ACUCUUUUUUGGCCAACUCAAAGAGAAACUGGCCGUCACUCGUCCAUUUUGUCAACGCUCCCAGCGGCAUCCAGAACGUUUCGUAACUCUUUCACGUUAAAAUGUCGGGAGGCUUAGAUAUACUGUCCCUCAAAGAGGAUGACAUUACCAAAAUGUUGGUCGCCACCACCCAUCUGGGCUCGGAGAACGUAAAUUUCCAGAUGGAACAAUACGUUUUCAAGCGUCGCGCCGACGGCGUCAACAUCAUCAAUCUGGGCAAGACAUGGGAGAAACUGGUUCUCGCUGCACGCGCCAUUGUCGCCAUUGAGAAUGCCUCCGAUGUGUUCGUCAUCUCGUCGCGUCCCAUUGGCCAGCGUGCCGUGCUGAAGUUUGCCAAGUAUACGGAUACGACGCCAAUUGCUGGCCGCUUUACGCCCGGCGCGUUCACCAAUCAGAUUCAGCCCGCUUUUCGCGAGCCUCGUCUGUUGGUGGUCACCGAUCCCAAUACCGAUCAUCAGCCAAUUAUGGAAGCAUCGUAUGUGAACAUACCCGUUAUUGCGUUCACCAAUACGGAUUCGCCGUUGCGCUACAUUGAUAUUGCCAUACCGUGCAACAACAAGUCGCCGCAUUCGAUUGGUCUGAUGUGGUGGCUGCUUGCCCGUGAGGUGUUGCGUCUGCGUGGCACCAUUUCGCGCACCACCGAAUGGCCGGUGGUCGUUGAUCUGUUCUUCUAUCGUGAUCCCGAGGAGGCCGAGAAGGAGGAGGCUGCAGCUGCCAAGGAGCUGCUGCCGCCACCCAAGGUCGAGGAGGCCGUCGAUCAUCCCGUCGAAGAGACAACCAAUUGGGCCGAUGAGGUCGCUGCCGAGACUGUUGGCGGCGGUGUCGAGGACUGGAACGAGGAUACCGUCAAGACCUCCUGGGGCAGCGAUGGCCAGUUCUAAAUAACUGUGCACCAUAAAUAAAUGGCCAACAUUUAUGUUUCCUAAA